AUGGUCCCGGAUGGUGCCAUUGCCCCAAGCUCCAUAACUCUGAACCAACCCCACCUUUCUUGCCUUACGGAGCAACCACAUGCUCAGUCUAAAUGGAGCAACCAUUCAAAAAAUGACUUGCUGAGGUGUCAGUGGAUCAAGUGGAGUUGCUCGCUACUAACAGGUGCUGUUUGCCUGCUGUGCAUAAAAGUGAUGGGAGCCCGGGGGAUGGUGCUGCUUAUGAGGAAAGAGUCACAGGCUACAGGAGUGGACUGCAGGACCAUGAAGUGUGUGGGUGGUGGCAUUGGGCAACCUACUGACUGCAGUGGUGGCCUACUCUCUGAUGCUGAAGAUCUCGAGAGCACAAGCGACAGCUCAGAUAAAUCUCUAGGUGGAGGAGACGAUGGAGGCUACAGCUGUUUAAAUGGGGACAACAGGGGUAAAAGGAAGAGGAAGGGCAGACUGUCUGGAGUAAGCAAACAGAGACAAGCUGCCAAUGCCCGGGAGAGAGACAGAACACACAGUGUGAAUACAGCCUUCACUGCCCUCAGGACACUAAUCCCCACAGAGCCUGCAGACCGCAAGCUGUCCAAAAUAGAAACCCUGAGGCUGGCUUCCAGCUACAUUUCACAUCUAGCUAACAUCCUGCUCAUAGGAGAGGACUGCAUGGAUGAACAGCCAUGUCUCCCGUACAGAGCCUCUGUGGCCAGCUCAGCUCCCAGACCUAUCUGUACUUUCUGCCUCAGCAAUCAAAGAAAGAUACACAGAGAAGGGGAGAAGCACUUGUCUAUUUAAGGUGCAUGUGGACAUUCACUCUCAGAUGAGCAGCUUGCACAAUACUUGCACUGAAUAUAGACCUGUUCUAAAUAUACCCACUUGACACUCUUUUGUUUACAUUGAACUUAUGCAACACUACUUCUAAACGUCAAAACCCCAUCACAGUGUGCACUUUAUUUUACACUGGAACAACUUUAUUUAGGAUGCUUUGUGGCUGAAAUCUAACUCAGAAUGGAAAGCUGCACCUGGUGUUGUUGCUAUUUUUUGCGCAAGAAAUGUUAAACCCAAGCCUGAUACCAACGGUGGUUAAACCAACGACACAUGAUGAAACACGAUCCUGGACACGCAAUGCUUCGAUCAGAGCGUGUUGUCAUAACACACUUUCACCUGUGCUUCUCAACACCAGCCUCCUUUCCAGUUCUUAUCUUCAGACUUAUGUACGAUGACAUGUAGUACAGGCCAAAUAAGGAUGCCAGUUGUUGUUGGGACAUCAUUUGUAUUUUCUACUGAAGCACAGCUAAAUUCUCAUCACUCCCUUGUUCAGCUACAUCACUUCUUUUGCUCAAGUGAACCUGGGCAAGAUUAUUUCAUUUAUAAAGACAAUCGGCACUUUAAAUCACUUAGGCCUAAUUUAUUUGAUACAAAUGCCAGUGCUAAAAUCAGGAACAGACAAAUAUUAUAUUGGUAGAAUUUGUGAGUUUGAUGUCUCAGUACCAUUGAAAAUAAACCCAUAGAUUUUUAUUUACUGAAGGCAAGUAGACUGUUCACUUUGCAAACACAAAUUUCUAUCUUCAAAUCUCUCACUUAUAAGUACACAAUGGGGUUUAUUUACUAUCGCUGGAGAGUGCAAAAUCAGGCUCACUUCUACAUAGAAACCAAUGA